UCCAUUCUUCUAUAAAUAUGCCAUCCCCGCUCGGUUUCUUUCUCCUCCUCUCCUUCGUGGCAGGCGCCGUCUCUUUCUCUGUCUCUCUCUAUACAUAUCCUCUGCUUCAGUCGUUCUACUGCUGUGAAUAUAUUGUUACAAAUUUGAAGAUGAUGAAUCAAAUCAGUCUUCAGCAGAACGCCAUUACUUGUUGUGAUGAGAGAAGAGGUUUGGUUUCAAUUUCUGAUUCCAAGGGUCUUGUUGUGUGUCCAAAGCCUCGGCGAGUAGGAAUUCUGACUAAUAAUCCCAUUAGGCCUUUGAGAUGGCCCGUGAGCCAUCAAGCCGAAGUGGGUGAUUGGAAAGCUGGGGCGGAGCUUCUGGACAUUAUUCUCAUGAAGGAGGGUCAUGAGCCAGAUCAUUCUGCUACCCAGGUGGUCUCAUCGCCACCUCCAUUUUUUUGUGGGUCUCCUCCAUCCAGAGUAGGCAACCCAUUAAUUCAAGAUGCUAGAUUUGGGGAUGAUAAAAUCACUCCAAUGUCACCAUUGUCCAUUCCAUCUCCUUCAGGUUUAUCGUCUCCAUCAUCAUCUGCACGGAAAGGAGGGUGUGCAAGAAUGAAGUUUGGGCUUAAGCCAGCCAUGGUUAGAGUAGAAGGAUUUGAUUGCCUCAACAGGGAUCGCCAAAAUUCCAGCAUCCCUGCUGUGGCUUAGAACUCGCAAAAUCAAGUGUAUAUAGAAGGGAGCUAAAUCGCAACCAGAGUCACAGACACAGCCAGAUUUAACAAGAGGAGUUUUGAAUCGUUUUGCCGGGAGUCUUGAGAAAUGCCCGUAGUAGUGUAUAUAUGAUAUAUGUUUUCUCCGGUGAUCAUUGCUGAUAUCUUGUAAGUAGUUUGAUUGAUUGAACAAAGAAGAGAGGUCAAAACCUUGCGUUCUUGAGCAAGGUUUUGAGAGCAUAGCUCAUUGUAAUAUAAGGUAAGGUGGGCUAGUAUUGGGAGGAGCGUUCGAUUUCUUUUGAUGAUCACCAUGAAAAAAGAUCCUGUAUAGAGCCAAUCGGUGAUUGAAUUUUGAUCAUUUACUCGGUGAUUGUAUAAUGGUAAUUGUCAAUGAAUUGGUCAGCGCCUGGACGCUUAUCUCUUCCUCCUA